CAACUAUCCAUCGUUCAUGUUGUCUAUAUUGUCUACAAGUAUAAUUGCCAUUUUCUCCCAUCUUUCAGCACAGUGAGGAUACUUCUUUUACAGUAUGAAUGUGAGACAGCUGCACAGGUAGUCUGAGUGACAGACCCUUACAGACAGGUGCAGAGAGACAGUUUGAACAUAUCAGAGGAAGAUGAGAUAACUGUCUCACUCACUCAAGCAUCUGCACAAAGUCUAAUUCAGACGUACACUCAGUAUUCAAAGCACAGAUAGUAGACGGAGCGCUCUUAAGGUGAAAGAGGCCACUGGCUUCUCUUGCAUGCAUUUAGGAGAGGGACAUGGCUCAGGAGACAAAUCAGACACAAGUGCCUUUGCUCUGUUCUAAUGGUUGUGGGUUUUACGGGAACCCACGUAACAAUGGCAUGUGCUCUGUGUGCUACAAAGACUCCUUACAGCGGCAGAAAAAUACAAAAAGCGGCAGGUCCAUUGAUUCAGUGUCUUCCAGCAUUAGCACUAAAGGAGAAUCUAUGAGUGUACAAUCGACAUCACAGUAUGAACAAAACAGUCUGUGUUUCUCAAUGCUAGCAGUUACACAUAAAGACAGUGCUUCGGCAGCAGCUCAAUCAGGCUUAAAAGCACCAGAAGUCUCAUGCAGUAAACUGGUGAGAAACAUCCAGGAGUCCACGGCAGGUAGCUCAUCAGCGGAGGAGAGCACAGUUAGAGGAAAGAGGAAGCUGGAUGAAACUUGUCCACCCAUAGAAAGGGUGUCUGCCUCAGAUGUCUCAGAGCAAUCUAGACCUAAGAAGAACCGCUGCUUCACUUGCCGCAAGAAAGUCAGGCUCACUGGCUUCGGCUGCCGGUGCAGACACUUGUUUUGCAGCGUUCACCGAUACUCAGAUGUUCUCUGAUGUACAGAUCAAAACUAUAGCUUUGAUUACAAGGCUGAUGCAGCUGAGAAAAUAAGGAAGAACCCGCUUAUCGUCGGGGAGAAAAUCAAGAAGAUUUGAGCUGAAGAUUGCAAAGAUGAUUUUUACUCUCUUUACCUUGAAACCUUGAAUUGUGCAUGCUACAAUGAAACACGUGCGCAAAUUUAUUUUGUCCCUUUGUGUCAUUUUACCUCUCAAACUUAUUUACUUAAAAAAUACUGUGCUAUGUAAACCGCAAAAUAUUUAUAUAAUUAAUAAUUUUAUUUGCAUUAAUAAAUGGGUUUUAGUUCUCAUAUACUGAGACCCGGGUGACCGUGCGUUUCUGGUGAUGAACAAAGCUUGCAUGUGAAAACACUGCCAAAAUGAGUCUUCUAUUUUUAUUCCAAAUUUUGUAAUUGUAAGCAAGAAAAUUAAAUUAUUUACUUAAUAUAAAAAAGGACAAUGUUUUAUUAUCUAUUACUGUAUUUGCUGCUUCAUCCUUGAUUUUUUUUAAAAAAGGUUUAUUAUUUAGUAAUUAUAAAUAUAUUUAGUAAUUUCAAAUAUACAAAUUAUGUUUGUGACUGCGAUCUCUGGUUUAACAGGUAUUUUGCACUUCAUUACAGACUGUGAUUUACAUUUUUCUUUAAGUUCACUUAUUAGAGUGAGAGUGGUUUUAUUAAUGUUUGUGUAUUCAUUCACUGCAUUCAUGUUCAAUAAAAUUUUACACACAACGCUGUAAUAAGCGCUCUAGUGACUCGGUUUAGCCAAGUUUACAGUCUCCCUAGUUUGUUUACUUACAUUAUAUAUCUGUGCGUGCUAUUAAUGUUCAAAUUCAUAAUAAGACUAGGGUUUAAGCUGCAAAAUCUUGCUAUUAGUUUUGCGUUGCAGUGUUUAAAGGUACAAAUACUUUAAGUGGUUGUAUGUUUGGUUUCUGACAGCAAGCUGAACACAAUCAUCUGUGAUAUCACUGAGUAGUAACAGCAACAGUACACUGUAGAUUAUUAAACUUUAAAGAUAAACGCACCCACAGCGCGCGCACACGAAAGCUGAAGUCAUCUGAAAAAUAUUUUAGUCUGAAUGCUGAACAAUUAUACCUUAAUUCAUUCUUAUUAUGAUACAAUACUUGCCUUUCGAGUGAUAUUUUAACAAUGCAUGAAUUUGUAUGAUUUUUGCUUAACCCUGACUUCAGUGGGUAUAGAAAAGAAUCACCCCUUUUUGUUGCUUUGCACAGUUUUUGUUUAAUCGAGCUGUAUUUACUCAGUGCAACUUAUAACAUUCAAGUGGGAUAUAUGUUUUUUCAGUUCUGUCUAUAAAAAAACUUUCUCGUUAGACAAUGUUUUUUAUUAGGUUGUCACAUAAAAAACGUUCUUAGAACAUU